GAGACGGCACUCGGCGCGGGAUAGCGAAGCGCGGCACACAGUACAUCCUGCCUGCAAACGGCGCGGUGAGCGAUACGUGGCUCACAACAAAACCUUGGUCACCUUGGCAACGCGUAAAUAAUGCACAGAAGAACGUGACGGUGGGCCAGGAAACAGAUCAUUGCAAGUCCUCGUCUCUACUGGCCCCGGGAAGACAGCCACCAUGAAGGUCCAGCCAGAGACCUUGAUUGAGGCGUAUGUGUACCCACUGUUCAUGGUCACCAGCGACAGGGAGCUCAUCUCUGCCAUGUGUUGGGGGUCUAUCGGCCUUGUAGUGGCCUCCCUCAUCCUCCAAGACUCAUCGCCCUCCUCCCGUAGUACCUCAUCGCGCUUCCUUAUACCAGGGAGGGUCGCCAGAUUCCUGCAAGACUGCCCCGCCUUCUUCAUCCCCAUGGUGCUGGUGGCGCGGGGCAAGCAGAAGGCGUACGGCAGCGUGGUGAACCAGCUGUGUCUUGGAAUGUUCAUCAUGCACUUUUUCCAGAGGUGCUUCAUCUCCCCUUUACUGAUGGCAAGCCAAAAGCCAACUCGCUUCCUGCCUUUCCUUCUUGCUUUUCUGACUCAAAUUUACAACGGAAUCCUCCAUGGCGUCUACUUCGUAAACUAUUACCGCUACAAUGACGAGGAGUGGUUUUACAAGCCCAAUUUCUACAUAGGGUUUGUACUCUUCCUCUAUGGCAUGAAGAUCAACAUCGGUGCUGAUUCUAUCCUCAGGAAAUCGGAAAUGCAGUCACAACUCCAAUUGCCUAAAGGAGGAUGGUUUGAGAAGAUUUCAUGUCCAGAUUACUUCGGAGAGAUUGUGGAGAUGUGGGGGUAUGCCCUGGCCAGCCUGGCACCCCCUGCCCUGGUGCUGGCCAGCACCACCACACUGCUGUUGGCGCAUCGGGCACGGCAGAGCCACCAGUGGUAUCUCAAGAAGUAUGAAGACUAUCCACGAACGCGUAAAGCAGUUUUUCCAUUCUUGCUGUAGGAAGGAAAUACAGAACACGUCACUUGAUGCACGUGUUGUCACAACGUCUAGUAUAUAAAAAGUAGGUACUUUCAGUGCAUAAUGGUAAAGGUUUCCAGGUGUAUAGUUCUCCCAGUAAGGUGUCCUGUUAUGUAAUGUACGAGUGUCCGAAAUGUUGAAACGUGUAUCAUAUUGUAUAUUGGAGAUCUAAGUAGAUGCUACUGCAGCGCAUUAAAGUUUAGGGCAAAGAAACAGCACGGUACAGUUCUCCAUAUUUUGUAGUAAGAACUAAUGAUAUAAUGAUUUGUUAGAAUAUAUUUAGUAAAAAAAGAA